AUGCGCAACAUGAUUGCUUCAGUCUUUGUGCUUUUCGCUGCAGGCUUUUCUGGUCUAGCUAACGCGGUACCGCUUCAAAUCAACAAUGGGACCUUCAGUGUAACCACUCAUCCGAAUCCUGAAUUUGUAGCCCACGGCCCGACUGCUAUGUAUAAAGCCUAUCUCAAGUAUGGAAAGACACCUCCACCCGCACUGCUGAGAACUGUUACAGACUACCGAGCUCAGAAGAAAGCCAAACGUGAGUCCGGCAGCGUUGUAACCACCCCUGAGAUACUCGACCAGGCCUGGUUAACUCCAGUACAAAUUGGCACUCCUGGACAGACACUCAAUCUGGAUUUUGACUCAGGCUCUUCGGACUUGUGGGUUUUCAGCAGCUCCACCCCGGCGUCUCAAUCUCGUGGUCACAGCGUUUUCUCUCCUGGAAAAAGCAGCACAGCCAAAGAGAGUCCCGGCUACACUUGGAGUAUCACGUACGGCGAUGGAAGCUCAUCUUCCGGUACCGUUUACACCGAUGUUGUUGACGUUGGCGGACUUUCCUUCCCAUCCCAGGCUGUAGAGACCGCCAACAGAGUUUCACCUGAGUUCACACAGGAGACGAAUCUUGACGGACUUUUAGGUCUAGGCUUCAGCACCAUCAAUGCAGUAAAACCUACAGCUCAGAACACGUUCUUUGACAACAUCAAGUCAGACCUGAACCAGCCUCUGUGGACCGUUGACUUGAAACACCAAGAACCGGGCACCUAUAACUUUGGAAACAUUAACUCCUCUCUACAUACCGGAGAGAUACACUAUGCUAUAGUCAACACUCGCCGAGGUUUCUGGACUUUCACCGCAACGAGUUACAGCGUUGGUGGAGCUAUCGGCGGCAGUAUCACCGGUAUAGCCGACACAGGCACAACCCUUGCCUUGCUUCCAACUGCUGUUGCCAAGGCCUACUACUCCAAGGUCCCCGAUGCUUUGUACGACAACUCUCAAGGAGGAUAUGUUUUCCCCUGCGCUGCCAGUCUUCCCGAUUUCACCUUUACCGUCGGUGGCGGCGAGAUCACCAUCCCGGGCAAUUACAUUAACUAUGCCCCACUCACACCUGGUAGCAAGACUUGCUUCGGAGGCAUCCAAGGAAAUACUGGCAUUGGAGAAGUUAUCUUUGGUGAUGUUGCGCUGAAAUCAGCCUUCGUGGUCUUUGAGAACUCUGGUGAUACAGCGCGAAUAGGAUGGGCCAAGAAGACGUUAGGCUAA